AUGGCGACCGCGGAGGGCGGCGUGCGCGCGGGGCGGGCGUCCUGCCCCGGAGCCCGGCCUGGCGGGGCCCAGUGCCGCGCCGCAGGAGCGGUGGGGCCGCCCCCGGGACGGAGCGGCGGCGGAGCCCCGCGGUCCGGGGAGCGCACCCCCGCGGCCGUGGAGAAGCGGGGCCCGUACAUGGUGGCGCGCGCUCCCUCCCUUCAGGCCAAGCUGCAGAAGCACCGGGAGCUGGCCAGGGCGGUGCUGCGGAGGAAGGGCGUCCUGGGGGCCGCGGCCUUCCGCCCCGACUCGUCGGCGAGGAGGUCGGUCAAGUUUAACAAGGGCUACACGGCGCUCAGCCAGAGUCCAGAUGAAAACCUGGUGUCCCUCGACUCGGACAGUGACGGGGAGCUGGGAUCCAGAUACUCCUCCGGGUACUCCUCUGCAGAGCAGGUGACCCAGGAAGUGAGCCGGCAGCUGCUGCAGGACGGGUAUCACCUGGAUGAGGUUCCUGACGACGAGGACCUGGACCUCAUCCCCCCUAAGCCUGUGGCCUCUUCCGCGUGCUCCUGCUGCUGGUGCUGUCCUGGGGACUCUUCGUGCACCCUGCAGUAGGCACGGCCGCCCACGCGCCCUGCUCGCAGAGCGCAGCAGAACACUGGAGGCACUGGCCCCUGCGAGGCGGCAGGUGCAAUUCUGCACUUUCCCCUGCUGCUGAGCAGACCUGGGGCGGCGUCCUGGUUCUCGCAGUGGGUGACGCGCUGCUGUCGGGGAGGACAGGGCAAGCUGCGUGCCCGGGCUGGGCUGGGGGCGUGGGUGGAGGUGCAGAGGGCACUUCACGGCUGUGGCUGGGACCAGUUCCGGGAACUCCAUGUGCCCUCCUCCCCUCCCCGGCUCUGAGAUGGGCUGCCGUUGCUGCUGUUAGACCUUUGUCCUUCAGGUUGCACCUGUCUGGCUAUGGCAGGGGACAGGAAGGUGGCCUGAUGGCUUCCAGUAUGCCUGGCCGUGGGUGGGGCCUGCCCACCUGGGCCAGCUGUCGGGUGGGUUUAGUGACGGUCAGCCCCUCCCCGGCUGGCCCUGGAAGCCUGCGGUGUUGUGUUUGCCAGGAGAGGGAGCUGCACGGAGCAGUCAGUGUGCUGGUGCACCUGUGUGGGUUUAGGCCUAAACCGAUGCUCACAGGAUGGGGGGGACCUAAGGCAGGUCUGGGCCCCACCUGGGGACAUCAUGUGACAGAGCAGAUCAUGUGACAGGCUCCAGGGGCCGCUCUCCCCAGCACAGCACAGCCUCUCUGGCCCUGGCCGGGGCACAGCACGCGGGCAUUGUUUCCCACGACCCCGUGGACGGCAGUCUGCUAUUCCAGGCCUCUCUCUGGAGUUUUCCCGUGGCCUCCUUGUUUUGUGUGAAUGGGAGUGGAUCGCCUCCCCAGGCCGAGGCAAGGCAGGAUGGGGAAUGAGGUGAUGAGGCCCUGUGGCCACUAGAGGUAGACGGACGGCACGGGCUCCUCUGCAGGCUGCUGGGGAGAGCCCUGCUUGUCGCCUGUCCGCUGUCCUCGGGGAGUCCCUGCUGGGGCUUGGUGGGCGUGUCUGUGUGUGUCAGUGUGAGAGGCCAAGGGGACUCCCCUGUCCAGAGCCAUGGCUGGCCUACUCUGCUGGCGGCUUCAUAAGGAGACGGGACUGAGCUGGGCCGUUCACCGGGGCCUGGGCUGCAGGGCCAGGUGGUGACCCUGUGCUGCCCAGCCUGCAGGGCGCGGGAACCCUCCAUUCGGAAUCUGUGUCCGGGCCUUCCUGCUUCUGCAGAGGUGAUGUGGGAAGGGAUCGGAUGUAGGGCAGGUCCGACAGUGGGGGCGCCCAGGGCAGCCAGCUGUGGAGCCACACUCUGGGCAGCUGGUCAGGGAGGAGGAGCCUGGGAGAGCAGGUGGCAGGCCUGCAGAAGCAAGGCCCGAGUGCUGUGGUCCGCGCUGGUGUGCUUGGCUGUGGCCAACCCUGGAGAGACGGACGGGUCCAGGACUGGGCCACCUGUGUACGAGCACAGUGCCUCGUAGAGGCACAGCAGGCCCAGAGCAAGGGGCCGCAGUGAGGCAGGGCGCAAACGGUUGGUCACGUGGGGCCAGGGCCGCAGGCCGAAACACCCACAGAGGCACGGAGCCGCACUGCCUCACUUCCGAGGGCUGGGUGUCUGCAAGGAGGCGCCGCACGGGGUUUGCGCCACUCGGCUGCUCUCGUCCCGCUCUGUAUGUUACAAUAAACGCGGUCCUGCUGCUUGAGCGGCGUUGCUGUUGCACUGGGUGUGUAGGCCUGGGUAGCCGCUGCCCUGCGGUGGCGCCCCCUGCUGGCUGCCCCCUGUGCCUGCGAUGAGCAGGCCCUCGCCGGUCACUCCUUGGGGUGGGCUCCCUUUCGCAGACCCUUCCUGUCUGGCUCAUCUGUAUUUUCUUAACUGAGAGGAUUUGGAAGCCAAAAAACCAAAACACUUCCUCAAGGUGGUUUCCUGGAACUGCACUGCGCACGGGCGAGCGUGGGGUCCAGACCCUCGCCCCCAGCAAGGAGCCGGAGGCCUGCGCGUGCCUGGGCUUGCAGGACAGAGGGGAUGCCCUCUGAGGCGCUCCCUGCCGGCUCAGGGGAGGUGGCUGGGCUUCCCCUCACACAGGAAACACUGUUCCCGAGGCGGGGCUUCUGGUCAGCAGGUCCAUCUCUGCAGGCCGUGUGCAGCUACUCAGGUUGCCCUGUGGCCUGCACACAGCCAGGCAGUGCACAGACCCACAGCCAUGGCCAGGAGCUGGCUGCUGACCCUGGCCACAGGCCCCUGCCUCCCCACUCCCCAGGGAACCUGAGGUAGCAAAGCACGAGUGGUACGGGGUAGCCUCGGCCUGCAGUGAAGGUGGCCUCGCCCAGGGCCAGCACUCGGUACGGGGUAGCCUCGGCCUAGCAGUGAAGGUGGCCUCGCCCAGGGCCAGCACUCAAGAUGCUGGCAUCCCCCACGAGCAUUGUUCCACGUCCCAGCUGUUCUAACGAGCCUUGGGAAACAGCAAAGGAUGGCCCUAGUGCUUGGGCCCCUGCCACCCACACAGAAAACCCAGAGGAAGUUCUGGGCUCCUGGCUUCGGCCUGGCCCAGCCCCAAGCUGGUACAGCCAUUUAGAGCCCAUCAGCAGAGGGGAGGUCUCUGUCGUUCUGCCCUUCAAGUGGUCUGAGAAGAUGCCCUUGUCCCACACAGGGCUCCUGGGCUGAGUCCCAGCUCCACUCCUGCCAGCUCAGGACCGAGGAGGCCGUGGUAACCCACAUGGAGACCUGCAGUGAGCUCCUGGCCCAGGAAGGCUGCUAUGGGCGUUUGGGCAAUGAACCAACAUGUUGAAUUUUGUCUCUUUUCCUCCUCUCAAAUAAGUACAAAUUAAAAAUUGGGCUGGCGCUGUGGCGUAGCAGAUAAAGCCACCGCCUGCAGUGCUGGCAUCCCAUAUAGGCACCAGUCUGAGACCCAGCUGCUCCACUUCUGAUCCAGCUCUCUGCUAGGCCCUGGGAAAGCAGUAGAGCAUGGCCCAAAUCUUUGGGCGCCUGCCCCUACAUGGGAGACCCAAAAUAAGCUCCUGGCUUCUGGUUUUCAGAUCAGCCCAGCUCCAGCUAUUGCGGCCAUUUGGAGAGUGAACCAGUGGAUGGAAGACCUCUCUCUCUCUGCCUCUGUAACUGUCUUUCAAAUA